GCCCAGGCAGGCAGGGCAGGGGCAGGGCUCUGGGUUUCGCUCUCUACGACUACGUUGAGUGUUUGUUGUGAGCGAAUGAAUGAAUUAUCAGUAUAUUCAUAUAUAUAGAGAGAGAGAGAGAGAGGGAGAGAGAGAGAGAGGUCAUCUUCAUCUUCACCUCUGAAAUUGCAGCAGCAGCUUCUUCUUCUUCCUCUCCUCCGCCUGGUGCGUCUUUUUGUUCCUGUUUUGCCCUUAUGUCUAAGGCAGGCAUAUAAGACGGUAACCUGGUAAUGGCAAUCGUAUCCUAUGUACCAAAUCGUCAAAUCACAAUUACCCUCGAUUCUUUUCCCUUUUCUUAUUAAAUAAAUAAAACCUUAAUUAAUAAUUUACGGGAGGCCUUUCCCUUCCCUUCCCUUGCCCUUGCGCUCCCCCGAAAUGCCCAAAACCUGCUGAUGAUGGCUGGUCGAUGCUGAUGCUGAUGCUGAUGCUGAUUCCAUUUCCAAAUGCGCACCGAUGAUUUUUCCCCAUAGAUUUCUCAACUCAGCCUCUGGUAAGGUUUUGUGUGAAUCAUGGAUCUUAGGAAAUGCACAAGCCUUAGCGAUGCACCUUCUCUGAGGGUUGGUACAGUAAACUAUCCUCACAAGUUACAAGCAAAGGCUCAAAUAGAUGAUGUCGAGGAGCCUUCAGACUGUGCUGCUUCCAUGGACAUACAUCUUGACGUUCGGGAGAUUUAUUUUCUGAUCAUGCAUUUUCUAUCUUCUGGGCCAUGCCAGAAAACAUUUAGACAACUAUGGGAGGAGCUCUUGGAACAUGAGCUCUUACCUAGAAGAUAUCAUGCUUGGUAUUCUAGAGGAGGCACACUUCGUGGGGAUGAAAAUGUUGAUGGAAAUUCAUGUCCUCUAAAUUAUCACAAUCUAAUUGCAAGGUAUCCUCACAUUGAAAAGGAUCACUUGGUGAGGCUGCUGAAACAACUGAUGUUGAUGACAUCUCCUCCAUUAGGAUGUAUGGUUGGAGGGACUGCUCCUAGUGCUGCUGAUGUUCCUACAGUUCUGGGAACUGGGUCCUUUUCUUUGCUGUCGUGUGAGAGAAAUAAAGUAAAUAAAAGAGGGCGGAAUGUGAUGUCUCAUCUGCGCUGGCCUCAUAUGCAAGCUGAUCAGUUUAGGGGGCUUAGCUUGAGAGAAAUUGGAGGAGGCUUUACAAGACACCAUCGUGCCCCAUCCAUCCGUCUUUCAUGCUAUACCAUUGCCAAACCAUCAGCUAUGGUGCAGAAGAUGCAAAAUAUAAAGAAGUUAAGAGGGCACAGGGAUGCUGUGUAUUGUGCAAUAUUUGAUCGUUCUGGUCGCUAUGUGAUUACUGGAGCGGAUGAUCGGUUGGUAAAGAUUUGGUCAAUGGAAACUGCAUUUUGUCUAGCUAGCUGCCGUGGACAUGAAGGUGACAUUACAGAUUUGUCUGUCAGUUUGAAUAAUACCUUGGUGGCAUCAGCAUCUAAUGACUUCACUAUUUGUGUUUGGCGGCUGCCAGAUGGUUACCCUAUUUCAGUUCUGCGUGGGCAUACAACAGCUGUUACUGCAAUUGCAUUUAGUCCCAGGCCGAGUGCUCCAUAUCAGCUCUUAUCGUCAUCAGACGAUGGAACAUGUCGAUUAUGGGAUGCUAGAUACUCCCAGUGCCGACCUCGUGUUUAUGUCCCAAAGCCUACAGAUUCUAUUGCUGGAAUGAACAAUGGUUUGUCCUCUGUGGGCACAUCAUCAAGCAUUAGUUUACAAUCCCAUCAAAUACUAUGUUGUGCAUUCAAUGCUAAUGGAACUGUUUUUGUUACGGGGAGCGCUGAUACGUUCGCUAGGGUUUGGAGUGCUUGUAAACCGGGUACAGAAGAUCCUGAUCAACCAUGUCAUGAAAUCGACAUCCUAGCUGGUCAUGAGAAUGAUGUUAACUAUGUCCAGUUCAGUUGUAGUGCCGUGGCUACAAGAUCUUCUCCAUCAGAUUCAAUCAUUGAGGAUAGCACCUCAAAGUUUAAGAAUUCCUGGUUCAAUCAUGACAAUAUUGUAACCUGUUCACGGGAUGGAAGUGCAAUUAUUUGGAUACCUAGAUCACGGAGAUCUCAUGGGAAAGCUGGCCGUUGGGUUCGGGCUUAUCAUCUUAAAGUUCCUCCCCCACUUCUACCUCCCCAUCCUACUCGAGGUGGUCCUCGUCAAAGAUUUCUUCGAACUCCUCGUGGUGUUAACAUGAUCAUAUGGAGCCUGGAUAACCGCUUUGUGCUUGCAGCUAUCAUGGAUAACAGAAUAUGUGUUUGGAAUGCUAAUGAUGGUAGCUUGGUGCACUCCUUGGCUGGUCACACAGCUUCGACUUAUGUCUUGGAUGUGCACCCUUUUAACCCAAGAAUUGCUAUGAGUGCUGGGUAUGAUGGGAAAACAAUAUUGUGGGAUAUAUGGGAGGGUACCCCUAUAAGAGUAUAUGAGAUUGGUGGACGCUAUAGGUUGGUUGAUGGGAAGUUUUCACCGGAUGGCACAUCUGUUGUGCUUUCAGAUGACGUAGGACAAAUAUAUCUAAUAGACACUGGUGAAGGGGAGUCCCAGAAAGAUGCUAAAUAUGAUCAGUUUUUCCUUGGAGAUUACCGCCCACUUACCCACGACGCUCAUGGAAAUGUUGUUGAUCAGGAGACUCAACUCCCACCACAUGCUAGGAAUAUUCAAGAUCCGUUAUGUGAUUCAAGCAUGCUUCCAUACCCAGAGCCUUAUCAGAGCAUGUAUCAACAACGUAGACAUCGUGCUCUUCAAAAAGAGUGGCGUCCUUCAUCCAUAAAAUUUGCUGUUGGCACUGAUACUGGGAUGGGCCAAGAAGUUCAAAUAUUACCCUUGGCAGAUUUGGAUGUACUUGAGCCACUGCCAGAUUAUGUUGAUACUCUCUGGGAACCUGAAAAUGAAGUCAUGAAUGAUGACAAUGAUUCAGAGUAUGAUAUUGCAGAAGAAUAUUUUACAUCUUCUCCUAGUGUCAGCACAUCAAUUGAUGCAGGUUCUAGUGAAGAAGACAAUGUAAUACGGAAUAAGAAAGAGAGUAUGCGUCGGGCAAAGCAAAGAAAAUCUAUGGUUGAAGUUGAGUUUACAACUCCUUCAGGUAGACGGCCCAAUAAGAGAAUUUUGAAUGGACAAGGAGGAAGUACUUCCAGAAGUAAAGCUCGCAAAAAAUUAAAACAUGCUCAGAAUACCUCUAAAAGGAAGCCUACGAAGUCAAAGUCAUUGAGACCUCAAAGAGUUGCAGCACAUAAUGCUAUCAAUAGCUUUUCCCAGAUAUCAGAAACCUCUACUGAUGAAGAAGAUGAAGAUGAUGGUGGUUCAGCAAGUGAUACAUCAGACAGCGAGUUGUGUUUGGAAGAUUCAACCAUUCAGAGAUAUUCAAAUGUUCCAAGUGUAUCUUUGGAUGGGUCUGAAGAUUGUGGCGAUCAUCCUUUGAAGAACUUUGACUCUGAUAUCAAUGUUGGGAACAAGAAGAAAUUGGUUGUUAGGUUUUCACUUCAUCGGCGUGGUGCACCUACAUACACUAAUGGUGUGGGCCAAUUGAAGGAUCAAGCUUGUGAUGCAUCUUCAUCUUUGAGAGCUGAUGAAAAAAGCCCUGAUGUAGACAGGGCUAAUUCUAGAUCAGGGGAUUUGGGUGGUUCAUCUUCUUUGGAUAUGGUUGGUAAGGAAGUGACUGAAAAUUGUAGAAGGUUGUCUGAAAAUGCGGAAGAACCAACUGAAGUAGGCAAUGAGCCAAGUGCAUACCCAAGUGGCAAUGGCUCAAAUAUGAGUUGGGGGAAGUUCAAAAUAUGCAUGGCAAAGGGCGUUCAUCCAGAGACUCAUGCUCAAAGGAUGGUGAAUCCUGUAAGAACUAAUAAUCUCUGUCCUGAUGAAAAUGAAGAUAAGUCAUUGUUAUCUUUUACAUCUUCUCGCCAUGUCCAUCAGCAGGUGGACAGUGAUUCUGGAGGGUUCUAUAAGCAAACAUCUCAGAGUGCAGAAAAAGACUCUUCUAACUCAGAGCUUCAUGAAUCUAGUCACCCCAUUCUUGAUGCAAGACAUUCAUUUGAAUCUCAAAAUAAUACUGUAAAGAAGCCAACUGUGCUAAAGAUAAAGACAAAGAAGCUUCUGGGGGACUCUUCUUCCAAAGUACCAGGCAAGAAUAUCGCAGAUACCUCAUUGGGUGGUGGUUUAGAUGAGCUGAUGUCAAGAAGGGUUUCGUCAAGAGAAGGAGAAACAGUUUUCAAAGAUUCAAUGACAGGCAGUCAUCCAGCUGAAACAAAUGGUAUGCUGAAUAUCCAUGUAAAUGGUGAUGAAGCCUAUGACAGUAAUGCACCUGUGGGCUUCGAUAACCAAGGGGCAGAAUCUGAACCUGACAUGGAAACUGAUUCAGCUCGUAGGACUAGAUCCUUGAGGUUGAAGAUUUCAUCCCAGGAUAUUGGCCUUGCAAACAAUAACUUGGAGAUGGGCAACUAUCUACAACCAGGUACAUCAAGCGGUACCAGAAAGUCCUCCAAGAAAGAUGUUGAUUAUUUCCCAUCUCAGAGGUCCAAACAUGUUGGAAGACCCAGGUCUUCCAGGAAACAGAGAGGGGGUUCCCAUGGGGGAGACGCAAGUUCUUUGAUUGAAGACGACCAGCAAAUUAUGCCUAAAAGACAGAAUUGGUUGUUGAUGUCGGAGCAAGAAGAGGGAUACAGGUACAUCCCUCAACUAGGAGAUGAAGUUGUGUACUUGCGACAGGGCCAUCAGGAUUACAUAGAGUUGACCCACGUGCUGCAACAAGGUCCUUGGCAGAGAUAUGGAGAUAAGAUUAGAGCUGUUGAAGUUUGUUCAGUUGAAGACCUCAAGUAUACGACACAUUCUGGUUCUGGGGAGAGCUGCUGUCAAAUCACACUCAAAUUCAUUGAUGGCACUUGUGCUGUAGUUGGCCAAAGAUUCCUACUGAUACUAUCUGAAAUGGAUGACUUCCCAGAUUUUGUGGUUGAGAGGACAUGGUAUGAGGCAUCUAUGGAGAGAAACUGGACAACUAGGGACAAAUGCCUUGUUUGGUGGAGAGAUGAGGGAGGGGAAGCUGGUGCUUGGUGGGAAGGCCGCAUCACUGCAGUUAAAGAUAAAUCUAGUGAUUUCCCAGAAAGCCCGUGGGAAAGAUACCUUGUUAAAUACAAGAAUGAUAAUGCUGAUUACCGGCGCCAUUGCCCUUGGGAGCUGCACGAUCCAGACAGGCAAUACGAGCCUCCCACCAUUGACAUGAAAAUCAAACCCAAAAUCGCGAAAGCAUUAAGAGAACUAAUGCAGACAGCUAAUAAGGAUAAGGAUAAAUACGGCAUCUUAAAGCUGAAUGAAGUUGCACGGAAGUUAGAUUUCAUGAACAGAUUUCCUGUUCCAUUAUCUCUUGGAAUAAUCAAAUUGAGAGUGGAAAGCGACUAUUAUAGGAACCUGAAAGCAUUGAAGCAUGACAUCAAGGUAAUGCUAUCAAAUACUGAAUCUUACUUUUCAAAAAAUACAGACUUCUUGAGAAAGGUGAAGCGCCUAUCAAGCUGGUUUGAUAAAAACAUUUAGGGUCUGUAGCUGCCUGCAUUCGUUUUUUCUUUCGUAAGCCUACAGAUUCGAUUUUGUUGCAUGGAUCUAUUUGGCUUGCUCAAUAGUCAAUAGUGGCAUAUAUUCCGAUACAAAGGAGCUGCAGAAUGAAAAUUCAGUUACAAAAAUUUGAUAGGGAACUGGCAGCACCCUAACUGGUUACAAAACCUCAUAGGAGUGAAGAGAUUAUCAUUUGUAUAUCAGAGAACAUGAGAUUCUUUUUUAAUCAUCAUUUUAUACUAUAGAAGAACUCUUUUCGUCGCAAA